AUGGGUAUGUCGGGUGUGUUUCAAGAACAGUUCCGGAUAGCCUUAAACGCGAAAACCGAGAUACUCGAAGAGAUCACUCAUCUCCAUCUCCACACGGAGCUCCCGCUCCAAAUGUCGGUGAAACGAAUGCGGACGACCGUUUCGAAGGAACUCGUUCUGGAAAAAACGCUCCUGCGGCCGCUGGAAGAUGUCGAAGAUUCAGAAAGCCGAUCCAGGAAGGAGCAGAGGGGAUCACAGAAACCUCUGGGGGACGAUCCAGGGCUGUCGAGAUCUUUCAGCGUAGAACUCCAGAGUUCCUUGAGUGGGAAAACUCCCCUCAUGACAUCAAAUAUCCCUCCUCCUCCUCCUCCAUCGACGGCUUCUUCCCCUACGGACACUCUCGAAGUCGCGGAGGCCUCCACUGUUGCUUAUACGGUGCCAUACGGGGAGGGUUCGGCGGGGUCUUUCAAUUUCAUUACGUCCCCCACCGUCGAGGAAGCUUCGAUGACAGCGGCGUUCCGCGAAGAAAGCGAUGAAGUAACCGAGUCACCUCAAGCAGCCCCGGAGAGACGCCAGGAUGUGGCCCCUAAUCUGAUCCGGCCCUCGGACACCUCGAAGUCAAAAAAUCCGUCUCGGAAUCCAACCAUAGAAAUCCUCACGGGGCUCAUUCAGCUGCUAGGCGGUGAUGUCAGACGUCGAGCGACGCCUCCCCCGACCCCACCUCCUCCUCAAGUUAUGCAUCCGAACUUCAACUUCCAUCCUCCGCAGAACGCUUUAAUGGGACCGCCUCAUCCUCCCCCGCAGUUCUUGCAUCCGCUCCCCCCUCACCAACAUCGGAGGCCCCCGUUCGAAAUCGCGCAACAAUUCCCGAAUAAACCGAAUAUCCCGGCCUACAUUCCCUCCUUGAACCCCUCGAUCGGACCGCACUUGCCUCCUCAGCAGCCCCCCGGCUUCUACUAUCCGUCACCUUCGGAUGUCAGCAACAUCCUCGGCGUUGACGAGGCCACCGAGAGACCGGUUCAGCGUUUCGAAUUGAAAACCCCGGACUUGGCUCCCACAGUCACGGUGCCGGUCGAGAUCGAUGACGAAACUCUCCCGGUGCGAGGGUCUUCUUCUCGGAACACAAUCGUGUUCAUCCAUGAAGCCCCUCCGAGCCUUCUGCCGUCCGCAACCAUGAAUCCCUCGGCUGCCCCGACCACAACCGCGACGAAAACUCUGCCCGAUGAGGCUUACGGCAACAUCCAGUCGGAGAAAGGAACGCCCGUGAUCGAGGUUGUGGAACCCGUGGCGACGCAGCGACCGUCAAUUCAAACGAAUCGGCCUUCGAAUAUUUGGUUGCCUGUCGGAGCCGACGAUACCUCAAGGGUUAAUAUCAAAUACGAUCCCCAUAACGAGCCCGAUAUCAUCACCCAGGUCGCGGAGCCUUCAAUCUUCGACGUCACCGUGGUAGGUGACUUGAAUCCGACGAUCAGCAACACAAAAGAUCUGGGUCCUCCCCCAGAAAUCAUCACCGAAACCUUUACCAAUGUCAAGCCGACGCCAUCUCAAGCGAUCAUGGCGACGCCGACGACCGACUUGGCGUCCACGACGACAAUAACGUAUUCGGAGCCCUCGUCAGAAGCGUUUCCGGUGUUUCUGCCAACGCCUACGAUCAGUCCGACGAGCUCCUCAGACGUCGUCGUUUAUGGAAAAAGCUCUUCAGGCGACACCAGGGUAAACUCGACGACAGCGUCAUCGUCGUCGGAGAAGCCGAAUCCGACAAGUACGUCAUCGACGCCAGCACUGCUCACUAAAACUCAUGGUAUCGGGAAACCAUAUGUCGUGCCCGUAGACGUAGAUCCCGUUCGACCCUCUGUUCAGCAGAGCGGGUUUGGGCACAUCAAACAGGCUUCGAGAAACGCGACGCCCCUGCCGAACAUCAAACAGAAAGCGAAACGGCCGACAUUUAAAACGAAAACUAAUGCCACCCUGGUCAGGAUCGACACUUGUAUUGUCGGCGACGAUUCGACGUGUGACGCCAACGUCAACGAAUGGUGUAAAACCGAUCAGGGAAUCAGCACCUGCACGUGCAGGCCUGGAUACGCCAGGACACAGCCGCGGGGACCUUGUUUGGCCACAAUUUCAAUGCAGCUGACUUUCAAAUUGGACAGAAUGGGAGAGAAGAAAUUGCACUACAAUACCAACUACCUCAACCCGGAUUCCGAAGAGUACCAGGUUCUAGCGUUCGAGACACGGCAAGCGCUUCGGAGCCUAUUCGCGAAAUCGACGUUUUCGCGAGUGUUCAUGGACUCCAAAGUGAACGGUUUCAAAGGAUCCGGCUCUAAGGUGCUCGUGAACGCUACCGUCGAAUUCGAGGAGAACGACAUCACCCGAGUUUCAUCGGUAAAACGAGUCGUGCAACACGAAAUGGUCAAUUUGAUCUCACGCGGCAAAAGUAACCUUGGGGACUCGAGGCUUUUCGUAGAGCCGCUUCUCAACUCGGCCUUGACUGUCGAGGACGUCAAUGAAUGCCGAGAUGUUGAGCUCCACGACUGCUCGCCCCAUGCCAGCUGUGAGAACAGCUUCGGAAACUUUAAAUGCGUUUGUAAGCCGGGCUACACCGACAAGAAUCCGGAUACUCGGAGAGCUGGGAGGGUUUGCGCCGGAUGCGGACCUGAUUUCUGCAAUAACCGAGGCGAGUGUUCGAUCGUCGACGGUGAGCGGAGUUGUGCCUGCAAGGGGAAAUUUAUGGGACCUCGAUGCGAUAUCGAUGGAGAAGUGCUCGCGGUCGCCCUGGGCGCUUCGGUAACGGCCGUGGUCAUCAUCAUACUGACGCUCGUGUGUCUCUGCCUCUGGAAUCGACGAUGGAAGAGGGAACAGGCGAAGGCUGAAGUGAUGUCGGUCGCCAGCAUGGCCGGAUAUUUGAAUAAAACGAACUCGAUAGGCUACCGGAUGCACCAAAGUGCCGCUCAGGACGACCGGUUCCGAUGGUCCUCGCAUCUCGACAGCCUACCGAACAUAUACGUCCAGCCAGACUCAUCGCCCCUACAUUCAAUGCCGCGGGCUCAAUCAAUUUACGCAACUCAACGUCACAUGAGGUCGCACUCUCCCGCUAUGGAGUUGGAAAACCCGUACGGCCACUUGCCAGCUCGGCCGAAAUCGAGAGGAGCAAUGACACACUUCGGUCCAGCGUCCCUCGCAAGCCCCUAUGAAUUCGACCCGAACAAACAGGCUUCUCUAUUUGGUUCAUACCGAAAUCCGGGAACGACUCGGAGCAUGAGACCUGUGUUCAACGCUCACUGGUAG